AUGCAGGACAGUCAUAAGUCCUUCCUCAUCAAAGACUUACUCGGAGAUGUUUUGAGACCAGGAGCUGUUUUACCAGGUAACGCAAAUGAUGGCGAGGAAUUAUCAUCAAACAGGUGCGAUUCCCCAAUAGGGCAUAAUCCGGAGGAAUCCGAUAUAGAUGAUGAUAUAUCGGUAGGAGACAAUCGUUCAGAGACAUCAACUCCCAAAAAGAUUCAAGUAAAUUAUGACAAUGACAACGAGAGCUAUAAGAGGAAGAAUGACAAUUGUACGAAAGGCAUUGAAUCUGAUCACGAACGUUCAACACCAACAGAGUUUAAUUCAAAUCGUAUAUCCAAUUCUGAAUUCUCUUCACCAUAUAAAGAGGACGAUCAUGAAUAUGAGAGACAAGAAGAGUCCAUGAAGUUGUAUGAGGGAUCCCUGUUUCAGUUAUAUAGACCAGAAAGAGAAGGGAACAAGGAGGGGGAAAGUGCUUUUGAGAUCGCUGGCUCUAUUUCGGACAGCAUUUACGGAAGAUCGAUGGACCUGACAAAAAACUCAUUUCAAUCACAGCUGCUCGCUGGGUUUGCUUCCGUUAUGGCGGGUAGUUCACAGAGAGAUUCACAGGAUCCAACAGAUCGCCAGUCGUCUGGUCGUAAUGGUAGUUCCUCGAACUCCGGUCGCAAGCCUCGUCGACGUCGCACAGCGUUCACCCACGCGCAGCUGGCCUACUUGGAGCGCAAGUUUAGAUGUCAGAAAUACUUGAGCGUCGCUGACCGGGGGGAUGUGGCUGACGCACUCAACCUCAGUGAAACACAAGUUAAAACGUGGUAUCAGAACAGAAGAACUAAAUGGAAGAGACAAAACCAGCUUCGUCUCGAGCAGCUCCGGGCGCAAGCAGCAAGCGGCGAGCGAGAGCUAUCUGCGCACGCGCUGCCUCUAGCGUGCGCGCUGCUCCCUCCCUACCCCGCCUACAUCCACUGUCAUCUAUGA